AUGUCACCAGCUUUGGACUUCAUUGAACCUGUUGCCCUCCCCCACAAGGGUGUAGUCCCUGUCGGAGAUGGCAAGGUCAACGGCAAGUCUGCUGUGGACGUUGCUGAUGGCAAGUGGAAGGACUUCACCUUCCAGCCCAUCCGCGAGUCGCAGAUCGCUCGUGCCAUGGCUCGCCGCUACUUUGACGACCUCGACAAGUACGCCGAGUCCGACAUUGUCAUCGUCGGUGCUGGCUCCUGUGGUUUGAGUACGGCUUAUACUCUGGCCAAGGCCCGCCCUGACUUGAAGAUUGCUAUCAUCGAGGCCAGUGUUUCGCCCGGCGGUGGUGCUUGGCUUGGUGGACAACUCUUCAGUGCCAUGAUCAUGCGCAAGCCUGCUGACGCUUUCCUGUCGGAGAUUGGCGUGCCUUUCGAGGAGGAGGGCAACUAUGUCAUUGUCAAGCACGCGGCUCUCUUUACCUCGACUCUCCUCUCGAAGGUUCUGGCCUUCCCGAAUGUGAAGCUCUUCAACGCUACCUCCGUUGAGGACUUGAUCUCUCGCAAGGAUGAGAGUGCUCUCGGCGGUCUACGCAUUGCCGGUGUUGUCACCAACUGGACCUUGGUCGCCAUGCACCACGACGACCAGUCCUGCAUGGAUCCUUCGACCAUCAACGCCCCAAUCAUUGUCAGCACCACUGGCCAUGACGGGCCCUUUGGUGCAUUCUCUGUCAAGCGACUUGUCUCCAUGGGUGCCAUUGAUAAGCUGGGCGGCAUGAGAGGUCUCGACAUGAACACUGCCGAAGACGCCAUCGUGAAGGGUACUCGAGAAAUCGUGCCCGGUCUGAUUGUUGGAGGUAUGGAGCUGAGUGAGGUCGACGGAGCCAACAGAAUGGGUCCAACCUUCGGCGCUAUGGCACUGUCUGGUGUUAAGGCUGCGGAAGAGGCCUUGGCCGUCUUCGAGCUGCGUAAGAAGCAGAAUGCGAUCUAA